AUGGCGGCAAUGACAGGCGGAGCGUCCGCCAUGGAGACCGGAGCGGCGGCUCCGAAGUCGACAGCGGUGGGCACGGAAGAGAUCGACUUUGCUGUGGAAGCGGAAAACCGAGGGAUGAAGCUUGUCUCCUCCACCCGGGAGGAGAACGGAGGUGUUGUCCUCACCUUAGACCUCGGCAAGGGCAAGGUUUUCACGCUGAGCGGCGUUCCUGGGAGGGGACCGUUCUGCGUGUCGACGGUGCACCCCUUCCUGCUGGACGGGCUGUUUGUGGAGAACCUCGAGGAGAUUCAGGCUCAGGCCAGGCGCAUUCAGGAGGUGAUGUCGGCGGCGGCGGAGGUGUACAUGUGCAUUUCCGGAGAAGGGGAGGGCGAUGACGAGGAGGACGGAGAGGACAAGUACGAGUACGACUACGGUGGGAUGGAGAUGGAGAUGGACGACGAAAAGGCCAAGAGGUCAUUCCCGACUCAGGAAGGCGGCUCUGUUUUUGAGGACACGGACAUCAGCCAGAUGCUGUCGGGGAAGGCGAAGAGCGGGGCGGGAGCGAAGAGCAAAGCAGCGAGCGCAAACACGCGGUUGAUGCGCGACUUGUCCCGGCUCAUGCGAUCGGACACGAAGAAGCUCGGGUUUUCUCUCCAGCUAAAGAACGAUGACGCGCUGCACGAGUGGAAUAUCAACCUCUUCGGUUUCAGCGAUUGCCCCUUGGCAGAGGACAUGAAGCGGUUGGAGAAGGAAAAGCACCUGGACCACGUGCGCUUGAUGAUGAAGUUUAAGGACGAUUACCCGUUUUCGCCACCGUUCGUGCACAUCGUCUACCCGCGCUUCAAGCGGUCCACCGGGUACAUCAUUGACGGGGCAUUCUGCAUGGAGCUGCUCACAAAUCAGGGGUGGACGCCGACGAACGACAUCGAGAGCGUGGUGGUGCAGAUCCGAGCCCAGAUGGUGGUAGGUAAAGCAAGGAUCGACUUCGACGCUACCUCUGUCACCCAGCCGUACUCAGAAGACCGUGCGAAAGCGGCGUUCCGAAGUGCAGCCAAGAUCCACAAGUGGGCUAUCUCCGAUCCUUAGCUUUUGGCCUCAGGGUUUGGCAUCGAACACCGGGGCAUGGUACGCUGUGGUAUCGGGCGGGUAUCCCCCGGCAGCUCAUGGACAUGUGUCUCACGGAGUACGGGUAGGUCUCAAGUCGGAAGGUCGCGAUUAUUUUAUCAUUUUCCCUUGGAUCGGUAAUCGCCGACUUGCAUGUCAAUAAGAAGGAGUGCGUUUGGAUGGCCUUGCACCGGCGGGGGGUAUAGCUUGCCGCAACAUCAAGAAUGGCGGAUUGAUUGGUGUGUGUGUGCGUGACCAGCCUGUCUACUUUUUGUCGUUGUCCUUGCGUUUGCGAGCCAGGGCAUGGGCAUCAUCACCAAUGGGAUGUCGUGCUUUUAGACGGGCAGCGUUGCAGCGAAGAACGCACCAGCAGCCCUCCCAUGGCUGUGGACGUGGACAGAGCAAGAAAAACCGACGGCAUGAGUUGUAAUAAUGUGGUUGGUGUUUGUGUAUUUUCUCUGUUGUUGCGGGGGGCGGCGGCGGGGGCGGGGGGGGCAGAUGGCCUGAACUCGGCAUCAGCUAUACUUGUCGAGGGGGUUGGAGAUGGAUUGGGUGGGUGUUGUCGGGGAUUGGUCUGUGAGUUUGGCUCUGUUCGACAGCACGCUUCGUGCCCGCCGUGAGCAUGGCGCUGUCCAGGGAGAGCUCACAGACAGAUGGGAGAGGUACUUACACGUUUUGCAACACUUUUCCCACGUGUGGUGUAGAGUAUCGCACACAGCGGCAACCAAUCCUACGAUAGAUCUGAUUCGUCUAAAGAUACUUUCGUUGUGCUUUUGCAUUAAACAUGUGUGUGCGAUACAUGUAAAUUUGCGUCGAACGCUUUUCUGAGGCUGCUCUCGGGUAAGGGGGUGGGGGAGGGGUGUGGAGGCUGUUGCCGGACUCGGUCUUCUGGGGUCAACAUCCCUGUUUCGUUUCUCUCUCUCUCACAACUUUUAGAGUUGAUUUUCUUCUAUCUUUUGGCAGCUACGAUCCGGUGGAGUCUUACGCGGCAUGACUAUUAUACUGUGUUGUUCAGCCCUUUGCGUCUCACGGACGAUGCUUUAGGCAUUGAAAGUUUUGCGACGGUUGCUGUGGUUGUGUUGUUAUUGUUGUGGUCGUUGUUGUUGUUGUUCUAGUUGUGUUCGUUGUUGUCUCGUACGCUGUGUUUUAGUUGGAUGGGCGCUUCGGGGGGGGUAGAGAUGCGAAUUACAUGUUCGCGCAAGAUCGGGUUUUCAAGAUGUCACCCCCAACACGUAGGCGAGAGUGUCAUCUUUGAUCGUGGGUACUGGUUCAACCCCACGGAACGUGGUCACUGAGCCGGUGGUUCUUAACUCGCGUCUUCAGGGGGCCUGAGCCACAAGUGCUCG